CUAACGGCGACGAGUUUGAAUCGGAGGCGCGAUGGAGUUGUACCUGAUCGAGCACCGCAAGUACUACUCCUUCGAGGAGCGGCUGGGCACCUUCAAGAACUGGCCCUUCGUCACCGACUGUGCGUGUACGCCCGAGAAUAUGGCUGCAGCAGGAUUUAUUCACACCCCAAGCGAGAAUGGUCCUGACAUUGCUCAAUGCUUCUUUUGUUACAAAGAACUGGAAGGCUGGGAACCUGAAGAUGAACCUUUAGUUGAACAUCAAAAUCACUCAUCGAAGUGUGCUUUUAUUGCACUGAAGAAGCAGUUUGAGCAUCUAACAACUGAAGAGUUCCACAAGCUGGACGAGCAAAGAGUAAAGAACAUCAUGAAGAAACAAAUCUCUGAAAGGAUUCAAUCAUUUGAACAAGAGGCAAAAGUUACAAAAACUGCAAUCGAAGAUCUUGUUACAAACAGCAGAUAGACCUAUUGCAACGUACUUUAAGCUCAAUUUAAUUGAUCAGUCCUCAGACUGAAUGUCAUGUCUCUGUAUUGUCUUCUAAAGUUGUAUCUAGAAUUUUAGUCAGAUCAUUUUAUGUGAAAAGUGUAGAAUAAAAUGUUUGUUUUUCCUAUUGCUUUGUAGUGGUCAACAUUGCUCAUGUAUUUAUUACUAAUUAAAAAAUUAACUAAUUUUUAUUCUGAUCAGCUAUCUGCACAAGGGCAUUAUUGUCUGCAGAUCUCUUAACUGUUUCAGAAGUGGUUAUAAUUCAAUUCAGUUUCUCACUUCCACAUUUCCUUUUUAAAUUAUCAUUCUGUGAACAUUAAUUUUUUGAACAAUGCAGAAAGUAGACUUUUGGUGAAUAAUUGCUUCUUCCUUCUGUAAUAUAUUGUAUAUUUGCACCUUGAGUGGGGGUGUUUCUUUAAUUUUGUUUUAGAUUCUUACAUUAACAGACCAUUUCUCAAUCCCUUUAUUUGACAAGAUGAGGGUCUAUUCCUGAAUUAUUGACUGAGCAAAGCAUUGUCAAGAAGCUUGACUAACACACUGAGGGAAAAAGCAUGCUUAUUGGAAGCAAUUGCUUCUAGGAUCAAUAUUUAUCCCUCUGUGCAGCCAACUGCCUUAAUAUCAAUCCUAUCCUUGUCCGAACGAGAGGACAACAAGUGUAUUUGAAGAUGGGAUGUCUGGUUUAUCUCUAACGAUUAGAGCAUAGGCCCUUAAUUUUUCACCUCUCCUUAAAAUGCAUGGCUGAUUUUUAGCAAUUCAUUAAUUUAUAAGUAUCAAUGAUUUUCAUUGAGAUUAAAGGGGAAAAAGUCUUUUAAACUUUUAGUUCUAAACUCUGAUUAUAGUUCACAAAUGCUAUGAUGAUAGAAAAAAUAAUAAUGGAUGGAUGUUCAUUAGGUGUGCUGACAUGCAAAAUUAUAUUUAAAAUAUUUUUGUUUUACAGUUGGUUCUAUCAUUUUUGAGGUUGUGUGUCAGUGCAUAAUCUUGAACUAGUGUCUGUGUAGUGAAAUUCAAAUAAAGGAACUAGUUGCUAUUUUUAAGAUUUCAAUAAAACAUUCACUUAUUUUCAACCUUGCGGUUAUCAAACGGAGCAGCUGAAUUAAGGUUGUCAACAGCUGGUAGGGCUGAUGCCACAAUUCCAGAUACCCAGAUUCAAACCUGAUCUCCGUUACUGUUUAUGUGGAAUUUGUGUGAAAGUUGCAGUAGGACAACAUAUAACCUGGGACAGUUGUAGUUAAUCGAGACCUUUGAAGUGAGACCACUGGAGAUACCUCUGCUUACCACAGAUGAGAAAGGCUGAUGUGACUGUCAGUGUGUACUCCGGCCAGAUGAGUGAGACCUCUGUAGUAAACUUUCCAGUAAGGGCUUCCAAAAACACAGCGUCCCUUUUCACAAUAGAGGGUGCUAGAUUCAGAUGGGAUAACAGAUGGAUGUGAAACAUACCCAAAUACCUCUAUUGUCUUUACCAAUUUCAAAGUGUCAUUGGCUCUCCGCUUGAAGCUUUGAUUGACUUUAUCAUCUCUGUGAAUGGUGAUUGAUCUUGUGAGUAAGGAAUUUAAGCAUAUAUCAUUUAUAACAUUCAAUAUCUGUAACUAAUAAGUCAAUUCUGUAUAAAAAUAGCAGUUUUCUCUGUUCAGACUUCAGAACAGUGUGGGUGACUGGGGCUGUGCUGUUCUCCUUGUGUACAAGUAAAUAAAAAGUAUGC